AUGAGUUCCACAGACAAGCAGGCCGACUCGCAGAAAAUGUUUGACAAAAGCGAGCCCAGGUUCAGAAAUAAAUCAGCCAGUGAAUACAUGGACCCGUGCCAGGACUUUGCAGACCGAAGUAUCAAGUGUAUGCGGCGAAACAACGGCGAUAGAGACAUGUGUACAGAUUACUUCCAAGCAUACCGUGACUGCAAGAAAGCUUGGUUAAAUCAGAAGAAAACAAAAGGCACCACUAGCUAA